CUGGGGAGACCGGAUAUAGUGAAUGCGGGGUCUGGAAUGACCAGAUAUAGUGAAUGCGGGGUCCGGGGAGAGCGGAUAUAGUGAAUGCGGGGUCCGGGGAGACCAGAUAUAGUGAAUGCAGGGGUCCGGGGAGAGCGGAUAUAGUGAAUGCGGGGUCCGGGGAGAGCGGAUAUAGUGAAUGCGGGGUCCGGGGAGAGCGGAUAUAGUGAAUGCGGGGUCUGGGGAGACCGGAUAUAGUGAAUGCGGGGUCCGGGGAGACCGGAUAUAGUGAAUGCGGGGUCCGG